AUGAAGCCAGAGACCUCCAGACAGGCAGCAUUCUCAAAGGUAAACAUGACGAUCCCGAUGACAAAGGAGUACAGAAUCCAUGGAAGUGCAAUGCCCACGGAGGAUAAUCCGAGGCCUCAGGUUUUUGUCGGGACCAUCUUUACGAAGAACCACGUCUUUGCCAAGGCAAAGUUCUUCAAGAUUCUUGAGAAGAAGUACAAGAUCAAGGCCACCAAGGGGCUGAUUAUCGAUUGCAAGGAGAUUCCCGAGCCUUCUUUCAAGGAAGUCCAGAACUAUGGGAUCCGAUUUGUCUACCGCAGCAGAAGUGGGGUCCACAACGCAUACAAGGAGUGCAGGGCAAUAAGCAAGUGCUGGGCCAUCGACCAUGUUCUGAGAGAGCUAGCUGGUAGGCAGAAGCUAAAGAGAUCUGCGGUGGACAUAAUAAGUGUUGACGUUGUCCCUGUCGAGUCGCUUAAGAGGGCGAAGACCAUUGAGUUUGCUGACGAGAAUGUCGAGUUCCCUAUUUUCACCAAGAUUGUCAACACCAAGAGCUUGUUGAUUCCUUCAGAAUACAAUCCUUCUGACUAG